CGCAGGGCUGGUCACACUGCAGAGUUCAUCUUUGGCAAAAGUGUACGUGCAUUUCAUUUAUGCCCAGGUGUUACAUACAUAUCGGAAAUAAUCAUUUUUAUCUCUAUUGCAGACAUCAACACUUGCAGCAAGUGCAACAUGGCAUACAACAAGAGGAGCAGACAAAGGAGCAACUUACAUCAAGUUAAACUCAAAGAGAAAAGUUGUUCAAAAAAGUUGUUCGGGAAAGUGUUUACCAGGCGAGACAACUACAUCAGGCACUUUUGUACCCAACACCGUGAAGCGCAGAUUGGUUACAGGGUGUCCGUUGAAGACGAACAUCUUCCGAAACGUCAGAAGAUCACGGGUGUCGAGUCCGUAGGGGAUGUGACUGAUCUCUACCAAGUAACGAUGGUCAAGGAAGUCCACAUGAGAAAAUUCAACACCAAAGGGUUAGAGUACAGUGUCACCUACAAGGAAUAAUCUCGAUAUUUACAACCAUGCAGCCGUCGAGUAUAUGACAGUCUGUUUGAGACGUUGACUUUUUCUGGCCCAUUAUGUCCGCCCCAUUGUGUCCACAGGCCCAUUAUGUCCGCCCCAUUGUGUCCGCGGGCCCAAUAUGUCCGCCCCAUUGUGUCCGCAGGAUUCCAUUGUUAAUUACUAAAUUCUAACGUAUUUUUCUUUGUUUUCAAAAGCUUUCCUUUUUAAAAACUCCUUGCAGGUAUUUAAAUGUAUGCUGUUUUUUUUCCACAACGGCUUUGUGUUGGGCCAUGUUGCUAAUUGAAGAUGAAACAAUGAAACAAAAGUUUACUUAUUCUGGGUCAAAAUGAUAAUGUGCGGAUUACUUUGUGCAUAAUUCCUCGUAAUGUGUUUCAUGGAAAUGUACAUACAUGCAGAUAGUAGUUGCAAUUCAUAAGAAAAAGCUUUACUUUUAUGAGUAAGUGUGAGUUUGUAUUUGCAUUCAGUUGGGGACCCUGAACAAUAGAAGCCAGUAAGGUCCCCGAUUCACAUAGGGGAUUGUGCACAAAACAUAUGGGUGGUCUUUUAAAGAGUUAAAGUAAAACAAAAGAGGGACAAUAGGGGAUCCCAGUUGCAGGAAAAUUGUGUGUGCGUGGGUGUAAAGGGAAGGGGCGUAACACGUCGCCCUACACGUAUGUUCCACCCCCAUUCAACGUGUGGAAUUUAACGACUUCGACCGUGGGAGACGGUUACUUGACCGGAACCU